AUGAUGCUAUCCCACCUAACCCCUAAAUUUUCUUCCUCAUACUCCCUCCCGCCUGUGCGAGAGCUUCUCUGAAACCCUCGCCCUUCUCCCAGCUGCCACAAAAGGUUCAUCAUAAACUAUGGCUGAAGCUGAGGAUAUUCAGCCCCUUGUUGUUGAUAAUGGCACGGGCAUGGUGAAGGCUGGGUUUGCCGGAGAUGAUGCUCCCAGGGCUGUCUUCCCAAGUAUCGUUGGUCGACCACGGCAUACCGGUGUCAUGGUGGGAAUGGGUCAAAAGGAUGCCUAUGUUGGGGAUGAGGCGCAGUCGAAAAGGGGUAUUUUAACGCUAAAGUAUCCCAUUGAACAUGGUAUUGUCAGCAAUUGGGACGACAUGGAGAAAAUUUGGCACCAUACCUUCUACAACGAGCUUCGUGUUGCCCCGGAAGAACAUCCAGUUCUUCUCACAGAAGCCCCUCUUAACCCUAAGGCUAACAGAGAGAAGAUGACCCAAAUUAUGUUUGAAACCUUUAAUGUUCCAGCCAUGUAUGUUGCCAUUCAGGCCGUGCUUUCUCUUUAUGCUAGUGGUCGAACAACAGGUAUUGUGUUGGAUUCCGGUGAUGGUGUCAGCCACACAGUUCCCAUUUAUGAAGGCUAUGCUCUACCGCAUGCAAUUCUCAGGCUUGACCUCGCCGGUCGGGAUUUGACCGAUGCCCUCAUGAAAAUCCUCACAGAGAGGGGUUACUCAUUCACAACAACAGCCGAACGGGAAAUUGUCCGAGAUAUCAAGGAGAAACUCGCUUAUGUGGCCUUGGACUAUGAGCAGGAGCUCGAGACAGCGAAAAGUAGCUCCUCGAUCGAGAAAAGCUAUGAGCUUCCGGAUGGUCAAGUUAUCACCAUUGGCGCUGAGAGGUUCAGAUGUGCGGAGGUGCUUUUCCAGCCAUCUCUCAUCGGUAUGGAGGCUGCCGGUAUCCAUGAGACUACAUACAACUCGAUCAUGAAGUGUGAUGUUGAUAUCAGGAAGGAUUUGUAUGGAAACAUUGUGCUUAGCGGUGGUUCCACCAUGUUCCCUGGCAUUGCUGAUCGUAUGAGCAAGGAGAUCUCUGCUCUGGCACCAAGCAGCAUGAAAAUUAAAGUGGUAGCUCCGCCGGAAAGGAAGUAUAGCGUCUGGAUUGGAGGGUCUAUUUUGGCUUCUUUGAGCACAUUCCAGCAGAUGUGGAUAUCUAAGGCUGAAUAUGAUGAAUCUGGCCCGGCUAUCGUGCAUAGGAAGUGCUUCUAAAGUUUACUAAAUGGGUAUUUGGUACGGUAUUUAGAUAUUCCAUGGUAUUUGAUGCCUUGUGUGUGCAAGCUUGUUUUUGUUUUCCCUUUUUUUUUUUUCUUUCUUGUAUGAUGAUGUUUCCCUCUCUAUCAGAUAUUUUUCUAUAUAAUAUAUAUGGUUUGUAUGCGUAUGAUUUGUAGUUUGGAUUGGGCUGUUGUAGCAAAUUUAUGCAUUUUACACCAACUUUGUUAUUGUGCUUCUUCACAA